GAUGUUAGUAUCUGCAACAGAUUGCACAUUAUAAAUAAAUAUCUAUAUCAAGUCCUUCACAUUAAAUAUAUAAGCUAGUGUACAUUCUAGGCCAAAAACAUAGACAUGGCUCAACAAGAAAUGUCAUUGUCUUGGUUCAGUUUGCUUUCUCUUUUGCUAUUCAAAGUGUUUGUUUCUGGUGUUUUCUCCUUGAAUCCAAAUGGAAGUGAGUACAUUUCAGCUGUUGGGGAUCCAGGGAUGAGAUCAGACUCGCUAAGGGUGGCAAUAGAGGCAUGGAACCAAUGCAAUGAAGUUGGAGAAGAAGCGCCCAAAAUGGGAAGCCCAAGAGCUGCAGAAUGCUCUGAUGUUCUUGAUUCUCAGCAACAGGGUGGAAAUUGUUCUGCCUGUACCAGAGUUCCACCCUCAUUGGUACACAGAGUUACUGAAGAGGACAACUUGCUUGGGAUAGGAAAAUCUUUUGAUGGAUUAGAUAAAAAGGCACUUUUUAAUCCAGACCUUUAUGCAGCAGAAAAAGAACUUUAUUUGGGAUCAAAAUGUCAAGUUGAUGACAAGCCAAAUCCAUGGCAAUUUUGGAUGAUCAUGCUUAAGAGUGGUAACAUGGAUACAUAUGCUGCUAAAUGCCCGAAAAACGGUCACAAAGUAGGUCCAUUUGGUCCUCCUAGCCAAUUUCCAUGUUUUGGUAAAGGAUGUAUGAAUCAGCCAUUGAUUUACCACAAUUACACAUAUUUACAAGGGCCUAAUGAGACUACACUUAAAGGAAGUUUUUAUGGAUCAUGGGAUUUGGAUUCUGGUUUGAGCCAAACAAGUGUAAAUGAGAACAUUUCUUACUAUUCUGUAACAUGGCAGAAAGAACUAGGACAAGGAAGCUGGAUUUUUCACCAUGUUUUAAGAACCUCAACAAAGUAUCCUUGGUUGAUGCUUUACCUUAGAUCAGAUGCCACAUCUGGUUUUUCUGGUGGAUACCAUUAUCAAACUAGGGGCAUGUCAAAAAUUAUACCAGAAUCACCAAAUUUUAAGGUAAGAUUCACAUUGAAUGUGAUCAAUGGUGGAGGUCCAAAUAGCCAAUUUUAUCUAAUGGACAUGGGAAGUUGUUGGAAAAACAAUGGAGAGCCAUGUAAUGGGGAUGUGACUACAGAUGUCACAAGAUAUAGUGAGAUGAUCUUGAAUCCAGCAACACCAUCCUGGUGCAAAUCAGAUAGCCCAAAAUUGUGCCCUCCAUAUCACACAUAUCCAAAUGGAACAAGAGUUCAUCGAAGCGAGACUACUCGUUAUCCUUAUGAGGCUUACCAUUUGUAUUGUGCACCAGGGAAUGGGGAGCAUGUUGAGCAGCCUAGUGUUCCAUGUGACCCUUAUAGUAAUCCUCAACCUCAGGAGAUUUUGCAGAUUUUACCACAUCCUGUUUGGGGUGAAUAUGGUUAUCCUACUACCAAAGGACAAGGUUGGAUUGGAGAUCCAAAAACAUGGGAGCUUGAUGUUGGGAGGCUGUCCCAAUCCCUAUAUUUUUACCAGGAUCCAGGAACUGCACCAGCAAAGAGGAAGUGGAGUUCAAUUGACUUGGGAACUGAAAUUUAUAGAGACGCUAAUCAAGUGGCUGAGUGGACUGUCACUGAUUUUGACAUUCUUGUACCCAAUAAGAAUUAGAAGUAUUAAAUGUUAAAAGAACUCAUGUUUUACCCAUAAAGGAUGAAUGGAAAAAGAUUCUAAUGAAUCCUUUCUUUCUUUUUUUGGUUCUUGGA